AUGCCUGGUGCACAUAAUAGUUCUGCUGGAGCAAAUUCCCAGAAAGUAUUCCCUGAUCCGUCCGAAGAUUUAUUUUGGCAGAAUGCUUUUGAAGCUAACGAGAGACACGAGAAUGAUGAAAUAUGGAAUCCGCAAAAAAUAAAAGAGCAGCAAGUCUCCACUUUUGUCAUACCUCCACCUCCGCUUCCGCCAACGAACAACAUAACCAGACAUUCGCGUAAAAGUAGUAGGGUGUCGUGGAGUUUGCAAACCGACUCAGAAAGACACAUUGAGUUAUUAGAAACAAAAUUGAAAGAAGUGGUUUCCCAAGGUGGCACGAAAAGCAAUUCGAAAACCGCCCCCGAUGAAUUUGAAGGUUAUUAUCCCGAAGAAAAUUUAGAAAAUAUGGAUGAAGAUUUACACGAUCCUCUGGAAUCGGACGAAGGAUUAUGGUUACUAUGGAAAUUUCCGCAAAACGUCAGUAGAGCUCAAUCAUCCACUUCAGACAAUUGGAACCGUCUAUCAGUAUUAACAGGAAGCAAUAUCAAUAAUUCCUCACCGAAAUGGAUUGGCUGUGGUACUUUUUGUUUAGAAGAUGAUUAG